AUUGCACUCUGCUCUUAAUCAGAGGAGGGAGCGUAAACUUCACUCUUCUGAAAGCAAACCCGUGUGACUGUUACCUACAGCACAUCAGCAAUGACUCUAUGGGAGACUAUGCUUUGCACUUUCUUAGCGUGCCUCUUGGCAACCAUACUUGGCGGACUCCAUAAAAUAGGAGCAUUUCGCAAGAGGAAACCCAAGGAACCCCCCUUGGAAAAAGGCUUCCUUCCGUGGGUCGGACAUGGGCUAAGUUUCAUUUGGAGCCCUGAAGAGUUUUUGGAAAGGAUGCGGAAGAAACAUGGGGAUAUUUUCACAGUUUUGCUCAAAGGCAAUUACAUGCAUUUUUUGUUUGAUCCUUCUACUUAUGAACCCUUAAUGAAGUUAUCAAAAGUGCUGAGUUAUAAUAAACUUACAUCAAUGAUAGCACAUAAUGUUUUUGGCCUCCACUCCACAGAUUCUCAGCUAUAUAGUUUUAAAAAAAUCAGUGAUAAGUAUCUCGGAGGGAAGUAUCUACCUGUCCUGAACCAGGUGAUGAUGGAGAAGUUGAAGUCCGUGAUGCUUCUCAGUCAGGAUUCAGGUGAGAGGAAAAGAUCUUGGCAGCAGGAGGGAGUCCUCCACUUUAUCUACAAAACUGUCUUCCAAGCCUCUUUUCUGACUUUGUUUGGCAAUGAGCCACACAAAGAUGUAGACAGCAAAGAAAAUGCUAAGGAGAAUGAAUUAACCCAAGGUGGAAACUUCUCUGAAAAUUUUGAGAAAUUCGACCGUUUCUUUCCCCAUAUGGUCAGCGGCAUACUAGACCCUCUGAGCAAGAAGGAGACAGAGAGAUUGAAGAAGUACUUCUGGGACAUUCUCUCAGUAGAAAAGUUAUAUCAAAGGGUGGGCAUCAGCAAUUGGGUAGCUGAGCUAAACCGGCAGUUCACUGAGCCUGGCAUUACUGAAAAGAUGCGGAAUCAAUUUAAUCUGAUGCUUCUCUGGGUAUCUCAAGCUAACAUUGUGCAUGCUACCUUCUGGAUUCUUCUGUAUCUCCUGAAAUAUCCAGAAGCAAUGAAGGCAGUGAGGGAAGAAGUGGACAGAAUUCUAAGAGAGACCGGUCAGGAGGACAAGACAGGCGGCCCCUUCAUCAACGUGUCCUUGGAUAUGAUCAAAACUCCUCUUCUGGACAGUGCAAUAGAGGAAACUCUGCGCUUGAAAGGGUCUAUUUUUAUCUUCAGAACCGUGAUGCAGGAAAUGGAUAUUAAGAUGGCCGAUGGCAAAGAAUAUACUCUCCGGAAAGGUGAUGAUCUACUGCUGUCGCCUUUUCUUGCACUGCAAACAGAUCCAGAAAUCCACCCUGACCCUCACACAUUCAAAUACGACAGGUUUGUGACCCCAGAUGGGAUAAAAAAGGAGUUCUACAAGAAUGGGGAAAAGCUAAAGUAUUACAGUAUGCCUUUUGGUGGUGGAACUGGACUUUGCCCUGGGCGAUUUUUUGCUGUUAAUGAAAUGAAGAUGUUUGUCUUCUUGAUGCUGGCCUACUUUGACAUGGAACUGGUUAAUGCAGAAGAGGAAAUGCCUAUGAUAGAUGUAAGAAGACAUGGGUUUGGAACUACAAAACCGUCUCAUGAUGUUCAGUUCAAAUACCGACUGAGAGUCUAAAGGGAACGUCAUUUAGGCUCAAAUCCUCUGCACAGUGCCCAGGAGUAAGCCCUUUGGAUUGCUUCCAAGAAAAUAUGCAUAGGAUUGCCCUAUCAAACCUGGUUUUUAUUUCUAACUAACAAGUGGGCUCACAGUUAAAUUCUUUUUCUUCUUGUUAAAAAUAUUAUUUUAUUAAUACAGAAUCUUUCAGCAUGUCUAGAUCUAAGGAGGGGAGGGGGAGGUUCCCACAAUAUGAUGAUCGUGAGAUCCUCCCCCUCAGGCCUCAAGUGGCAUGCGAUGUCCCAGGAGGAAGAGGAUUUCAAGUCCGCCAUUUUUUAUUUUUGUUUCUUUAUUGAAAAUGAGCACAGAAACGCUACAUCGAAAAGGUUAGUUUUCUUUUUUAAGAAAAUCCCGCUCCCCCCUCCCCCCUGAUAGACACAGAGCUCCUGAACAGCUCCGUACCACACGCCCAGUCCCCUCUUCCUCAUGUUUACUCCUGAGGAGCCAUGAAGAAAGUGGGACGGCUGCCUACACCUCCUAUGGAUCAGAACAAUCCCAAGACCACUGGAAAAGUUGGGAUUAAAGCUGUAAAGGGAGGGAUCAUCCCUCCCUGCCCUGGGAUCCCCUGGCAUCAUGUGGACACACAGGGAUGAU